AUGGUUAACAUGAUGGAAGACUUCAACAGUGAGACCGAUAGUGACUACACAAGUUACUGGAGAGACUGGUUUGUCUCUUCGCGAGGGAAUGAAUACUUCUGUGAAAUCGACGAGGAUUACUUGACAGACCGAUUCAACUUGACGGGCUUGAACACCGAGGUCCCCUACUACCAAUAUGCCCUGGACCUCGUGACCGACGUUUUCGACCUUGAUGCCGACGAUGAUUUGCGGGAGCAAAUUGAGAAGUCCGCCCGGCAUCUUUACGGUUUAGUCCAUGCCCGAUACAUCGUGACCACGCGUGGUCUGGCCAAAAUGCUUGACAAAUACAAAAAGUGCGACUUCGGCAAGUGUCCUCGCGUGCUGUGCGAUGGACACCCUCUCUUGCCCAUGGGCCAAUCGGAUCUCCCCAAUAUGAGCACUGUUAAACUCUACUGCCCCAAAUGCGAAGAUAUCUACAACCCCAAGUCCUCCCGCCACGCCUCCAUCGACGGUGCCUACUUCGGCACCUCAUUUCACUCCAUCCUAUUCCAGGUGUACCCCGCCCUGAAUCCCGAGAAGAGCAUGCGCCGCUAUGAGCCACGGAUCUACGGCUUCAAGGUCCACGCCGCUGCCGCCCUGGCGCGCUGGCAAGACGGCUGCCGCGAGGAGCUGCAAGACCGUCUCGUUGAGUACGGCAUGAGCCACAAAUUCGUCGAAGAGAGCGACAGCGAAGAAGAUGCUUACGAGUAUGGCGAGGAGAACGAGCCCGCUAAGACCGAGAAGGUCGCCGGGGACGCGGCAUCGGGUCGCAUGGAUAUUGCAAACUGA